GUGUACCGGUAAACUUCUACAUUUUUCAGGUCAAAUUCCCAGGUAAAGGGUUCUAUAUAAGGCUCACAUCCCUGAGGCCUGAACAUCUAGGCUGUUCUUUUUAGAAGCUGAGAUGGAAGGAGAGAGCAGUGUAAAACUACACGAAAUGUGGGCAAGUACUUACUCCAAGAGAGUGGAACUGGCCCUCAAACUCAAAGGCAUACCUUAUGAGUACAUGGAAGAAGAUUUUACAAACAAGAGUCAAUUGCUCCUCAAAUACAAUCCAGUUCACAAAAAGGUUCCAGUGCUUGUCCACGAUGGGAAGCCUAUAGCCGAGUCGUACAUCAUCCUAGAAUACAUUGACGAAACUUGGAAGACUGGUCCUAAGCUGUUUCCUGAAGAUCCUUAUGAAAGAGCCAAAUUUCGAUUCUGGGCUAGCUUUAUCCAGCAACAGUUGUUUGAGAGCUUCAGCAGAGUAGUGAUAAGUCAGGGACAGGGUGAAGCACUAGAACAAGCGGUGAAGGACGUAUUUGAGAGACUGGGAGUAUUUGAAGAAGGAAUGAAGGAGUAUCUUGCAGGAGGUGCUUCUUUCACCAAUGGCGAGAAUUUGGGACUUCUAGAUAUACUGAUGGUUGUCACAUUCAGCCCUCAUAAGGUUCAUGAAGAAGUGUUUGGUAUCAAAACGAUGGAUCCAGAUAGGUAUCCAUUACUGUUCUCAUGGAUCACCGCACUGAAUGAACAUCCCUUGGUGAAACAAAUAAGCCCUCCUCAUGACAAGCUUGUUGAGCUCCUUCAAAUUUAUAAACCAACAAAUCAAGCUAGAGGGAGUGAAUCACAUUAACCAGUCACGUUAUGUGGAAGGUGACACAUUAGUUGCGCACCUAACAAUAUCGAUCAGCUAGUCCUUGCGGCUAGCUGGUUUAGAUGUGUGCUUUUUUCAUGGUUUUGUCGAAAAAUAAGUGAAAGGACUGGGUUACAUACGAAUCUGUCUGGUUCUCACUAGUGAAGAUAUCAGAACCACUGUUAAUGGUUGCUGGACUGUGCUAGUGUGUUUGCAAUAAUGCCCUAAGGCACAUUGUAUGAUGUUACUGGUAUUCAUCAGAAACCAAUUUCAUUCGUCUUGCUCCUACAAUUUAUUUUAUUUGGCACAUCAUUCAUUGAGGCCAGAAAUAAGAUAAGCAGAAGCAACAUAGUAUCAGAUAUCAUAGCAAACACUAUUCGGGGGAAAAU